UGACAGACAUGGCGAGGUAUUCCAGUGACUCGGACUCGGACCAUAGCAGCAGAUACCGAAGAAAACGAAAUCGAAAAUCAAGAUCUAGCAGCUCAGACAGCAGUGAAUCCUCGCCACAUCGAAGGAGAUCCUCAAAACAUUCUAAAACAAAGCGUAAACAUCGAUCACACUCGAGAAGCAGAGGAAGAGAUCGAAAUUCAAAGAGCCAUAAAGGAUCCAGGAGCAGUCACUCGAGAGACCGAGAUAAAAGACGUUACCGUGCUAGCACAGGUAGAUCAUACUCUUCAGAUCGUACAAGAAGGAAGGCUAGAUCUACAUCCAGAGAAAAAUCACGAAGUCCUUCCAGCAGUUCACAAUCGAAUCAACCGAAAAUUAAUACAGAGAAAAGCCAAGUCUUAAUGACAAAAGAUGAUUUUCCCAUUGAGCCACGUUUCAAAGAUAGUGUACUUGAAGAAAUAAACGCUGAAGGUUUCAUUCCUAAGCAGUUCACUUCAUCUGCUACCAAGGAGAGUAAAUUUAAAAAUAUUGUAAUAGACAUUACUUCAGAUACCAUACAAGUUCCAUUAGUAUCUAAUAUUGCCAGUGGCCCGGAAAGUAUAUUUCAUACAUCAAUUAUGAUGGAUCAAGAAGCAAGAUUCGAUAAAUGGGUGAAAAAACUCUAUACUCUUAGACAAAAAGCUAUAGCUGACUUGACACAUACAAAUAUGACAUAA